GGUCAGGUCGAUGUCGAUUUGUCAUGUGGGGAAGAAAAUAGAGGCAUAAAAUGACCGACUUUCCAUUUUUUACUGAAGGGGAAGUGGUGAAAGGGUUCGGUCGUGGAAGUAAGGAACUUGGAAUCCCAACAGCUAACUUUCCUGAGAAUGUAGUGGAACAACUUCCAGAGUCAGUAAGUGCGGGGAUAUACUUUGGCUGGGCUUGUGUGGAUGGUGGUGACGUCUAUAAGAUGGUGAUGAGCAUAGGAUGGAAUCCUUACUAUCAAAACAAGAAACGGUCUAUGGAGACACAUAUCAUUCACAAGUUUGACGAGGAUUUUUAUGGGUCGAGUUUAAAAGUGUGUUUACUUGGUUACAUACGAGCAGAAAGGAGUUUCAAGUCAUUAGAUGAACUUAUCGUUGCCAUUAAGAAUGAUAUCAGUGAAGCCGAAUCACAGCUGGACAAAGUCGAGUGCAUCAACUACAAGGAGGACUGUUUCUUUCAAUGCAGCGCAAGCAUGGCUAAUGGCAAUCCUUCCAGCUGAUGUUGAAAACUUUAGGAACAUUUAACACAUUACUCAUCAGAUGGCAAGUCCUCAUUUCACUGGAUUUCAUAUCCCUCAAGUCAACUAACUUUGACGCUAUACUCAAUCACUAUUUACAACAGGCCUAAAUAGGGCAAUCUAGAGUUACUUUGAUGUGUAUGAAUUCACUUCCAAAAGCCUUUUGCUGACAACAGCUAAUUGUCCAGUCUGGCCUCUUACCUGCAAAGAGAAAUUAGCUGGGAUUUCCUGCAACUGAUGCAGUUCCAGCCAACAACAUGGAACAUGUAUGUUAGAAAAAAUACUAUGUCGACGCCAUUAAGUCAUUCAAAGGUCUCCUGUACAGAAGGCCUAUUUCACCUGUAUCAGCUGAUGUAAAACAGUCGCACCAGAUCUCGCUAAAUAGUGUUUACAGAGUAUACUCGUAUAAGCAAGGCUUAUGUAUUUUUUAUGCCAGGUAUAGUAGUUCACCGGUUAAAAGUAGGCAACUGUUAUUGUCCGAUUUCUAUCCAAGUAUUGUCACCUUAGUUUGUCUAAGGUGAAAUGACUUGAGACAUAUUUGGGUCGUAACCAUCAACGGAGCAGUAAGUGCAGUGUGCAUGUAAUGUACUCUCAUCAGGUUCAUGGGAAGCAUGUUACGGAUUGACAGUAAUUGAUCUCCUGUCCUCCUGGAUCUGUAUAUUUUGGGUCUAAUUCUCUUUCAGUUCUGAUGGCUGUGUGGUCCUCUGUCUCUUGAAAUAGUGCUUUGCUGUACUAGUCCACAUUGAUGUAUAUAUUUAUUAGAGAUAACAACAUUUUAAUAUAAA